CUACACUUCAGUUGAACUUCUCCUUGGUAACGAAGUGAUUCUGCCUCAUUCAAAUCAGCUAAGAUGUCUUCGAAAUUACCGCCGGCGAGAUUUGUGAGAUCGGUGCUCAAGUCCUUCAUGGCCGAGUCCGGGCUCGAACCGAGGCUAUUUGGGCCGCAUCUGAGGAUCACCGCUGCUUCACCAGGGAAGGUGGACUUUGAACUAGACAUUCAGAAAGACCACACCAACCGGUUAAAGAUCCUGCAUGGGGGCACCAUUGCCAGCAUGGUUGACCUGGGUGGCUCUCUAGCAGUGGCAUCCAUGGGACUGUACGCCACAGGGGUAUCCACGGACAUGAAUAUCACGUAUCUCAGCAGCGGAGGCAAAGUCGGCGAGAAGAUACAAGCAACCGCGAUCUGCGAGAAGAUUGGAAAGACGCUGGCCUUCACGACAAUCACCUUCCGCAAUGGCAAGGGCGAGCUUGCGGCUAGGGGAAGCCAUACGAAAUAUGUUACUCAAGCCUGGGGCGCAAGUCCGUCCUACACGCCACCGCCGGGGGCCGAAGUAGAUGAUGUCGACUAGUAAACAACCUUCCUGCCUGUAUAUAAGCCGACUAGCCCGGCUGGGAACAUGUCCAGUAUGUGUGACAGUAGGGGCUGAGAGAUGUAACGAUAUAUAGAACUAGAUUUCAAGCAGACGGUGGUAUCAUAUAUCUCAUAUACACUUUUUGUACCUUUGCACAAUAUUAUAUCCAAGCGCUUACC